GCGGCGCCUGCGCUCUCCCCGGGGCCUGCACGCGGCGCGCCUGGACAGCAUGCUCCGGGUCCUGCUUCUCGGCGUGCUGGCCCCCGCUGGCCUGGGGCUCCCGGCGCCCACGGAACCGCAGCCCCACGGCAGCCAGUGCGUCGAGCACGACUGCUUCGCGCUCUUCCGGGGUCCCGUGCCCUUCCUCGCCGCCAGCCAGGCCUGCGAGCGCCUGCGGGGCCACCUGAUGACCGUGCGCUCCUCGGUGGCGGCUGAUGUCAUCUCUCUGCUACUGAGUGGCGACGGCGGCGACAGCCAGCGCUUCUGGAUCGGCCUGCAGCUCCCGCCCGGCUGCAGGGACCCGGGGCACUUCGGCCCCUUGCGCGGCUUCCAGUGGGUUACGGGCGAUAACCGCACCAGCUACAGCAGGUGGGCGCGGCUCCACCGCGACGGGGCGCCUCUCUGCGGUCCGCUGUGCGUCACAGUCUCGGCGGCCGGGGCCGCUGCACCCGGCGAGCCGGCCUGGGAGGAGCAGCAGUGCUCCGCGGAGGCCGAUGGCUUCCUCUGCGAGUUUCACUUCGCAGCCUCCUGCAGGCCCCUGGCUGUGGAGUCCGCGGCGGCCGCCAGUGUCUCGAUCACCUACAGCACCCCGUUCGGGGCCCGCGGCGCGGACUUCCAGGCGCUGCCGGUGGGUAGCUCCGCCGCUGUAGGGCCCUUCGGAGUGGAGCUGGAGUGCGCGGCGCCGCCCGGAGAGGCCGAGGCGCGCUGGAGCCAGGAGGCGCCCGGCGCCUGGGACUGCAGCGUGGAACAGGGCGGCUGCCAGCACAAGUGCAACGGGAGCGCCGGGGCGUCGCGCUGCCUCUGCCCGGCCGACGCCGCCCUGCAGGCCGACGGGCGCUCCUGCGCCGCGCCUGGGGAGCACUCGUGCGACCAACUCUGCGAACACUUCUGCUACCGCACCCCGGACGUGCCCGGCGCCUACUCGUGCAUGUGCGAGACGGGCUACCAGCUGGCUGCCGACCAGCACCAUUGCGAGGACGUGGACGACUGUACGCUGGUGCCCAGUCCGUGCCCGCAGCGCUGUGUCAACACUCAGGGCGGCUUCCAGUGCCACUGCUACCCCGGCUACGACCUGGUGGACGGCGAGUGCGUGGAGCCCGUGGACCCAUGCUUCGGGACUCAGUGCGAGUACCAGUGCCAGCCCGUGGGUCAAAAUGGCUACCGCUGCGUCUGCGCCGAGGGCUUCGCGCCCACCCCCAACGACCCGCACAGGUGCCAGAUGUUCUGCAACCAGACUGCAUGCCCAGCUGACUGCGACCCCAACAACCCAACUACAUGCCAGUGCCCGGAGGGCUACAUCCUGGACGAGGGCUUCAUGUGCACAGACAUCGACGAAUGCAACAAUGGCUACUGCCCCGACGCGUGCCUCAACCUCCCUGGCAGCUACCAGUGCAUCUGCGGGCCCGACUCGCCCCUCGCCGGCCAGGCUGCCACUGACUGUGACCCCAAGGUGACCAACGGCGGCGACGAAGACGGCGGCUCUGGGGAGCUCCCAGUCAGCCCGACCCCCGGCGCCACCUCGAGCCCCUCGCCUGUAAGACCCAUGCAUUCGGUCGUGCUUAUUGGCAUCUCCAUCGCGAGUCUGUCUCUGGUGGUGGCGCUUUUGGCGCUCCUCUGCCACCUGCGCAAGAAGCAAGGGGCCCUGCGGGCCGAGCUGGAGUACAAGUGUGGGGCCCCAGCCAAGGAGGUGGUGCUGCAGCACGUGGGAACGGAGCGGACGCCUCAGAAACUCUGAGGGGCCUCCCUCCCCGGCCCCAGGUGUGGGCUUGGCCUUUGCCACCCUUCUGUGCCCGCCCCCCGCCCCCAGCCUUACUCCCUGGCUACCCCAAAGCACCUUAGCUGGCAUCAGAACUGAAGAAGACCCUCCCCACCUUCUUCUCUGAUUCCACGCAUGGCUGGGGAGGGGGAAUUGGAAGGACUAUGCGCCCCAGCCAUUUCCAUGACGUCAUCGGACAACUGGGCGAGAUGGUCGUUUUAUGAUGAAGACACAGACUCCAAAGUGUCCCGUGCCCUCACCAAGGAGGGGUGAGCGUUAUGGUUGGCAGCCUUUGGGGCAGACUGUGAUCUCGUGGACUAGUGAGUGUAAUGAAGUCAUCAAUAAUGACCAAGAUAUUUA